CUCUCUCUUUCUCUCUCUCUCUCUCCUUCUCUCUGCUGCCUGUCACUUGAGCGGCCUCCAGCAGGCUGUGUGUGUUUACCCUCGCUUGGCCUGGCAACAGGGCCGCAUGCUCAGGAUUACGCGAGGCCUUGCCUUUCAUCACUGCUCGCUCCCUCUUCCUUCUGCCGAGUCCGGGACCGCAAGAGCAGCCGGUGUGAGGUGAGAGGGGACGUGAAGUAGUGUUGAGGUAUUUUUUGUUCUCUUUAAGGUUUUUUUCUGUACUCUUUGGUGUCUUUUUAACACCAUUUAGAGGGUUUUUUCACUUUUUUACACUUCCACUACCAUUUUUCUCCUUUUCGUCUGGGAGCCGUUGGUGUGGAGUAAUACGGUGUGGAUUUGCUGGAACUGAACUGAAAUGGAUCACUCUCUUUUUGGCUGUCUGCGGAACCCUCACGCCCCGGCUCAAACUCUCCACCCGGCCUUCGCCCAGCCCUCUGCCCUAGCCCUGCACGGCCGCUCUGAUCACGUCUCCUACCCAGACCUGCCCGGACCCUCUCCGCCCUGCAGUUACCCGGGAGAGGAGGGAGGCUUUGGUGGCCCUCAUGGCCCCCGUGGCCAUCCCGCUCAGCAGCUUCCCCAGCAUCACCCACAUCAUCAGCCCUCAGGCUGGCACAUUCAGCAGAUGCCCUCACCCAGUGGUGGCCGCCACAGUGUCUGCCCCCCACAUCACCCUGACAGCACAGCCCCAGAGCUGUGUGGAUCUGCAGGUACGGGCAGUCAGGGUCUGUGCACAUCAAACCCAGCGCUUGGUAAUAGCGACCCCGCUGGGGCAGCGUGUGUGUCUGGGGACUUUGGACGGCAAACUAUGUCAACGGUAGAAGCUGACAGAAGAAAUAGUAAAGGGAAAAGUGACAGUUCAGAUUCCCAAGACGGGAGCUAUAAGUCAGACGUGAACAGUAAGCCCAGGAAGGAGCGCACAGCAUUCACCAAGGAGCAGAUCCGGGAACUGGAGUCCGAGUUUGCCCACCACAACUAUCUGACACGGCUGAGACGUUAUGAAAUCGCUGUCAACCUUGACCUCACAGAGAGACAAGUGAAAGUGUGGUUCCAGAACAGAAGGAUGAAGUGGAAACGAGUGAAAGGAGGGCAGCAGGGAGCCGCAGCACGAGAGAAAGAACUGGUGAAUGUGAAGAAAGGAACUCUCUUGCCUUCAGAGUUUGCAGGCAUGGUGGGACUGCACCACUCCGUUGGCUCCCCAGGCAACGAGGACGACAGUCACGACAGUGACCAGAGCUCUGAGCACGCUCACUUAUGACCUUCUGGAAACUUCAAUAGCAAGAACUGAACCCUAGUUUUCCUCAGGAAUCACCGUCCUUAGUACGCCAGGGCCUUUAAAAACUAGUCCAGGGCCAGCCGUUAAGAUUUGUUCUGUUAAACAGAUGGUGAAAGAGCACCAAACAGAGCUCGAUCUCUGCAACAUCUCAGCACAGAGAUUUAACUAAAAUAGAGUGACAAGACUGGGAAACUGGAUGAAGACAAAAGACUGUGACAUGUUUUCACUUGUGAGCCAUAGCUCAGAAUUUGGAUUUUUUGUAAAAAAUAUUGUAAAUAAAAUGAAAGAAUGUUGUGAACAUUCCAUAAAAGUGCCUUGGGAAGAAAUUUUGCACUGUUUUAAUUAUUGCCCUAAUUAAUUGCUACUGUAUGUACUCAGAAUUACAUUGUUGCCGUUGAACAUUAACAACAUUGAGGUAUGUCUAUCCAAAUGUCUAUCCAAAUCAAGGUGAUGGCAAAUCCCCCUGCUCAUUAAAUAUAAUUAUAAAAUCUACAUAAAAAAUGUAGGUUGUGCUCUUUACAUUGAGCUAAAUAUGUGGUUUGGUUUGGCUAUUUAGUGAAAUAUUCUAAUUUGACUAAAUACCCCAUUUAAAAAGCAUAUCAGAAAGAAACAUUUCCACAAUGAGCUGAAAGUUCUACAUUGCAUUGCUUAAUGCCUGCCUGCUACAUAAUGGCUGUUUGGGAAAUGAAUUGUGGCAAAUAUGCAUAAUAUGAGAACAUUUCUGAUCUGUCCCUUUAGAUGUGUAGUUCAUUUUUUCUUUACGAUCUUAUAUGUUUACCUUUUGAAUAAACAGGUUUUGCAGCUCUAA